AUGCCAGCUCUCAUUUCACUGGCAGAAAUUCCGACAGUUUCUCGCCUGUACCAACUGAAGAAGCUAGUCCCGGCAUCCUCAACCAGCAGCACCCCAUCACAGACUCUUAAUGACAUCAUCUCGCUCAUCCGCUCCGACAUCACCAAGCUGCAAGUCGACGGUAUUGUCAAUGCAGCCAACGAGUCUCUUCUCGGCGGUGGCGGCGUCGACGGUGCAAUCCACCGAGCCGCUGGUCCGGAGCUCCUAGAUGAAUGCGAGGACCUGAACGGGUGUGACACUGGCGACGCAAAGAUCACUUCAGCCUACGAGCUUCCCUGCAAGAAUGUAAUUCACACCGUGGGUCCAAUCUACCGUGAUGAAAAGCGUCAGGACCCGGGCCGUCCUGAGAUAUUGCUCCGGUCUUGCUACAGACGCAGCCUGGAGGAGGCGGUGCAGAGCAAUGUGAGGAGCAUCGCGUUUGCAGCCGUCAGUACCGGUGUCUAUGGAUAUCCCAGUGAUAAAGCAGCACGGGCUGCUGCUGAUGAAGUGCGCAAAUUCUUAGAAAAGCCUGAAAACGCAGGCAAACUUGAGCGGGUCAUCUUUUGCAACUUUGAGCGGAAGGAUGAGCAUGCUUAUGAGGAUGUGAUUCCCCAAAUCUUCCCGCCCACUGCGCAAGAUCUGUCCACCUAA